CUUAAGAGCCAGCUGCUCAAAUGGAGAUACCAGCAAGCAACGCAACAAGACUAUUCUGUCUUUACGGCUUUUUGGUGACUUCUCUUCUGUUUUCUCGCAUCAAUGCAGAUGGAAAAAUCAAGCAAGUUACAGACCCUACAGGAAAUGUGAAUUUAAGUCCAUUUCAACAAUGGAAAAGGGCUUACGAAUGCCUGCAAACUAAAUCAGACAGUUGUUCCUCAAAGUAUACGCUAACCGAAGCACCAUGGAUGAAUGUAACCACCGCUGACAAGGAAGAUUUUUGUAAAUCUGGAGGGUGUGGAGAACAUACAAAUGCAGUGUUGACUUGCGUUCAUCUGGUUAGGCAAGACUAUAAGUUAUCGACAAGGCUACAGUGCAGGACCUCAAUUUCACAGUCACCAAUGGAUGUGAUUUUAGUAAUUGUUCCUUGAGUAUAAAACAGCAUAAUGUGAGUUUCUAUGAAGGAUCUAGAGCAGAGGAAGAACAAGGGAGAAAAUGAAGAAACUGAUAUGGUAAUUGCAGUAAAUUGGCUUACACUGAUCAUGAGCUUCAUUUCAUUAAUUUAUAGGCAUCAAAAUAUAAAAAUUUGUUUAA